UACAUUCUGCUCUUAUUGUUGGCUUGUGUUCAUAACACUCUUGAUCAAGAAACAUUUUGAGCUUUCUGUAGCUGUUGUGACAGCCUUUAACAGCACAACCUACCCAAAUGCAAUCUCUGUUUUGUUGACACCAGUGCAAACAAUUUUGCUAUGAAAGCAAAAAGGAAGACACUCAACGCUGGAGAUGUGAUGUCGGCUAUGGAGGAGAUGGAGUUUGAGCGCUUCUUGCAACCCCUGCGGGAAGCACUUGAAGCUUACAAGAAAGGUCAGAAAGGCAAGAAGGAGGCAUCUGAGCAAAAACACAAGGACAAGAACAGCACAGAUGAGAAUGACAAGAGUAGAGAUGAAGAGGACGAGCACAUGGAUGAGCAGGAGGGAGCGAAUGAAGGAGAAGAGGAUGAGGAGAACUGAGGGGAAACGGGAUAGUUUAAUUGUUCAAUCCGUCCUGGUUUCCAUCAACUAUGGCAAAUGGUAGUUUCCACAUUAAUAGUGGGACAAAGGCAACCCUAUGGUACUGAAUGUGUUUUACUUUAUGAAAUUGAGCAACUGUACAAAAACUGUGGCAACAUUCCUGCAGAGAGCUUUGAAUACAGUGAUGUAUAUUUCAAGAGAAACUGUACGUCGCCUCUUUAAAUUCACUUUAAUCAGUUAUAUACAACACAGUAGUGGCCAUAGGAUUUUAAGCUAAUAAAUGUACUGUUACCCGGGUCAAGAAAUGGGAAAAAUUUUAAUUAUUUUGGAUGAGAAAUAAAGGUGAGCAGCCUGAAGUACUCAAACAUUUUGUAAAGGAAGUUCAGCUGUAGUGAAACUUUAUACUAUGCCAGUUUUUCCUUUUUUUUUUUAAAUGUCAGGCUCUUGUUCUACGGCAACACAUACCUAAGCUUACAUACUUUUGUACAGUCUUUUGAACAACUUGAGAAUAUUUGAGUAGAUGUUAGCCAUUUUUU